UUAUUACAGGCUAAUGUCAUUUUAUUACAAUCAACGAGUUUUAAUGAAGAAAGUAAUACUGCCUGGUUCUGCCUGAUUCAGUGCAUAUUUCCAGUGCACAGCUGUCCCAAAACAAGUGGAGGAAAAUGUUGUGUGCUGUGAUGGUUGGUAGACUAGGCUGAUUAAGCCAAUACUAUCCCGCCAGGGAUUUCACACGACUUUCCAUAUCGGAUAAUAAAAGCCAGGUUUGACAGACCAUUUCAUAACAUAGCCGACAAGAAACGUUCCACUAAAGAAGAAUGACGUCAUAUAAUGCACGAAGGACAAAUCCUUGCAUAAAUGGACAACCUGUGAAAUCCAGACAACGCGUUGUAUGCAGUAGCCUAGAGAUUAAAAGUGAAUAUGCAUUGUUACAGAUUUAGUGCAACCAUGGGAUACUUUCUGUGAAACCGCAAGCGAGGUGUAGGCUUCUACUCCAGGCCCGCCCUUUUUUCAGGCACAGCUCCGGUCCAGAGUUGGGAUUGAUGUCGAACCAUGGCGGAGUCGCAACUGAGGUGCAUGGAUGACGGUAACAUCAACGAGAAGGUCCCGGAGUCCAACCCGGAGUUUUACUACAGCGAAGAACAACGAGCGGCGGUUGAGCAACUACUUAAAAACGGCGAUGGUGCUUUCAAAAUGCGACUGAAAGAGGACAACCUGACAGACUUUCUCUCAGCCCGUGAGAUUAAAGAGAUACGCAGAACUUUCAAACAAUAUGACACCAACGACGAAGAGAGGUGGGGAGAAUCAAAUACGAAAACCAACGACACCAAAGCGGACUCCGGGGUUCAUUCGACAUACUGGCCGCAGAUGUCAGACACCGAAGUGCCCCCGCUGGACAUCGGUUGGCCCAACGGGGGAUUCUUCAGGGGGGUCACGCGCGUGGCAGUUCACACGCACCCUCCAAAGGAAAAGGCGCCUCACAUAAAGGAAGUCGUGCGUAGGCUGAUCCAAGAAGCUAACAAGGUAAUAGCUAUAGUCAUGGACUUGUUGACAGAUGUCCAGAUACUGCAGGACCUGCUGGAUGCAGCUUCGAGGCGCUCCGUGGCUGUCUACAUCCUAUUGGACGCCGGCGGAGGGCCCCACUUCCUGGAUAUGUGCUGCAGGCUGCAGAUUGGAGCUCAUCACCUACGGAAUAUCAGGACCCGUACAAUUCAGGGAACUGGGUUUGGUCUGUCCUUUGGCAGGCUUCCAGGGUCUCUGUGCAGUAAAUACAUGCUGGUGGAUGGAGAAAAGGUAGCAUUUGGCACUUACAGUUUCUCGUGGAGUUCGUCUCGAAUGGACCGCAACAUGAUCACGAUCAUGACCGGACAAGUGGUUGACUUCUUUGACCGUGACUUUCGCGAGCUCUACGCCGUCUCAGAGAAACUGGACCUGUACGAGGAGUUCCACCUCAGCCCGCCCCCGGACACGGCCAACGCCGUGCUGCUGAAGCCGGAGCCCUCUAAGCCCCACACGCCCGUCGCCACGUCCAGGUUCCAGGUCAGCUUGGGCGAUUCGCGUAAAGGCAGGCUCCAGGUGCCCGCGCACAAAUACCACAACCCCAAAUACUCACUGGCAUUUGGCAACAGUGGUCCCAGACAGACGGAAUCCUUACAGGACCUAACAGACAGAGAAGCUACGUCUGAUACCGUGGCUCCUGAGACACACGACCCGGCCCGGACUCUAAACCGGACGAGCACCGAAAGGUUGGAUAAGCUCUCUCCUCUGCCGCUCAGAAGCGGGAAAGGAAGCUCGAAAAACCAAAGUCCGGAUAAGAAAUCCCUGUCCUUCAAGAAGUUGUUCCGAGGGAAACCGGCAGCCAAUCAGAAUGCGCUCGCCCAGGGUGACGGCGUGGCCACCGGCCCGGUCCCCUCCCCUGCGCCGUUGGCAUCCAACGUCACGGAGGAGAACUUGGAGGUGACAGUGGUUCAACCGAAGAAUAAGAGGUCCAAAAUGGGCCGGAAGAGUGUCUCUCUACAGGUUGUCAACACGCAGGACAACAACAGCGUGAGAGGCAGCAGGUCGUCAACAAAGAACAAGUGUGUUCAGUCCUAAGUGGAUCUCUUCAAGAAGCCAAGAAGACCUUUUCUUCUUUUUUUUUCUUUCUCAAGGCCCUCCAUUGAAUUACCUAAUAACUUUGGAAUUUUCAGCACUAAGUGCCGACAUUUGUCGAUUGUACCUGUUUUGUAACAAAAAUAUGUUCUUUUGGCAGAUAUAGUAUUCCAAAGCCUUUUAAAACACUGUCAGAACGUUUACAAAAUGUACUUUACCAUGUAAAGAAUUAUCUACUGCUGAAUGCUGUCACGAAUUGAACAGAUGCAUGUUUUAGGUCUAUGUCAAUUGUAAGCAGAUUUCGGAAUGGACAUCCGAGCAGUUUCCUUACUACAACAGUUUUAUUUUCCAUAAGUGUGUGAGUGUGAGUCAUGUGUCCUGACCUUUGAGGCUGGACUCAUCAGUAUUCAUCCUGUGUGUUGGAUGUUGAAGGUUUCUCACUGUCGUCACUGGAAUAAAGAAUGAUUGUGAUUGUG